AUGCGAAUACCAUCACCUCAUUGUAACUUUUUGCCACUUUUCUCUUCUCCCUUUGCAUCGCAGACGAAUCGAAAGUUGCACGAGCUUCGCUCCUCUAUAGUGGCUGCAAACAGAGGCGACAUGGACCAGGAAUCACCUCACCGCGGACUCCUGGCUCGUUUACCACAAUCACUUCCUCCAACAGCUGCCGCCACCAGGGCUAACCAAGGUAGCGUAGAGUACGCCGAGUUGGCGUUCAAUCCAUCUACUCUGCCACCGGGUGGUGGUGGUGCUCCCAGGAAAAACACUGUGGAAUUCGCCACCAUGGGAAGGACUGGUUCCGCUCCGAAACUCAAGCGUGGACCUGCUCCUGGUUCUUCCUCAGCAUCGAUGCAACAGUUACCACGGUCUCACACUCAAGGGAGUGAAGAAAGUGAGAACAAUUAUACUGAGAUUAUUGGCGUUCUUCAGCCAAAGGCAUACACUAGUCAACUUGUUUUGAAACAGCAACAAGAAGCCACCCAAGCUAUAUUGGGCAUGCACUCCAAUUCUCCCUCAGUCUUUGUGUAA